AUGCCUAUGCUUUGUGAGCAGGUAAUUGAGGACAUGGUAUCUGCUGGUGUGCAGCCGAGCAACUAUUCCGCUUCCAUCCUGAUCAAGCUUUACGGGCGCAUUUCCGACUUAAAUGCUGCAUUCAAGGUCCUGGAUGAGAUGCCGCGGAAGUUUGGUUUCCGGCCCAACGCAGCCGCCACCCUGACAUGGACUGUGCCAGUACGUGAGCAAGACGCAACCGCAGCGGCCACAGCACCGAUCUUCCGGUUGUGCCAGGUAUACACCACACUGAUGUCCUCCUGCACUUGGAGACUUGGCAAAGGUAUCAACAUGGCUGACUUGCAGAUCACAACAUCGGCACCACUGAGGAACGGAAGAAUGGACCUGGCAAUGACUCUCUUAGAGCGCAUGCACCAGGAUGGACAGACGCCGGAUGAGAAAACCUAUGCAACCUUGCUGCGAGGAGUGCGUACCUCAGACUGCCACCCGCUCAUGGAAUAUUGUUCUUUUCUGAACUGGCACCCCUGCGAGGCAAGGCAUGUGAUGUGA